UUUGGUUUUUUUGCAUCCGGACUCAACCACAAGCUACCUUUAACCUAGAGUGGGAUUAAGCAUCCCGAACCCAAAAAACAACUAAGUCUAUUAAAAGCUCACGCACCUGGUUUGAAAUAAUCUCAAAUUGAGUUUUGUACUGCUCCGCUAUUGUUGAUUGUUUAAGGCUAAUAAGGGCCUUCGUAGGAUUAUCAUAUGAUGAUAAUCCAAAUCUGAUUUGUAAAGCUUUAGAGAAACUUCCAACUUGUAAUUAUGUCUGCCUCCUCCAUCUCUUGAAACCAUGCUAUAACUUUCCCUUCCAUGUGAUAACACUGUCCCUAGUAGUGUCCUAGCUCAAUGGGCUGUAAGAGAAAACCGGACUGAGAUUACUGGGCCAUAGGUAGUUUUUAAUUUCCAUCAGAUCAUCAAUUGAUUCAGCGACUGGCUUAGCUGAGAGGAAUCGGUGAUGGAGUGCGCCGGAAAGGGGCGUGGAACUCGGUGUAUGGGCUCAGCUCGCAGACGCUGCGGUCGCUGUGGCGCAGUUGCUUAUUGCUCGGUCUCUCAUCAGAUGUCGCACUGGAAUGAGCAUAAAGAAGAGUGUGAAAGAUUAGAGCAACAAAUGAAGCGUGUAGAUGUCUUAAAUGAUUUCCCUUUUACUUUUUCUCAAGAAGCUACAGCCACUUCUCAGGUGUGUGAAAAACCAGGGAGUAGGUGUUCAUUCCUGAGCAAAAGAGGCAUCCAUCAACUUGGAAUGUGGAUGCAUGAAUGCUGCUGCUUUGACUCUGAGGAGGCAACAUCAUCACUAGCUUCCUUUGAUUCUUUGAGGUCAAAGGAUGGUGGUUGGAAUCUCUUAGGUGACCUAUGCCCGUGCCAUGGGCCCAUAUCUCCAAUAUCAGAAUGUUUAAGCAGUUGGUUUGAUUACUAUGAGUGGAGGUGCAUUCCUCUUCAUUCACCCGUUGCUUUACUUCUUCACUGGCCACUUACAAUUUACCAUGCUGCUCAUAUUGCUUGUGCAUGGAGCUCGACUGUUGAAACUCGUAAACUGUGCAUACACUAUCUUGGGCCUGAAAAGGAGCUUCUACAACUUGCUGCCUUUGGAGAGUUGCUUGCUCUGUUCCCUGGUGUGCAAGUUCAUAUAGAGUUUAUUGGACCUGCAAUUCCACAACAAAGGGAUGGUGAGAAGAUUAUUCUAUGUAGUUAUGCUCGAUGCCUGGAUGCAGAUUGCAUUUGCAAUUUUUCAAGUGAGAAUCUCAGCCAGAUUGCAAUCACCAGUAAAUCUACAUCAGUGACCCUACAGCUUCGCAGCGGAUUAUACCAUGAACGUUACAGGGAUUUAGCUGAGGAUUUGUUUCCUCAUUUAAUAAUUGCUCCAAAUGCUGGAAUUGCUGCUUAUCCUAGCUGGUUGCCUACCAUUGAACUGAUAAAGGAGAUGAAUGUCCCGGCUAUAUUUUCUGAUUAUUGUGAAGAAGCCUGUCAUCUAGCUGCCUGCUGCAUAAAAAGUGUAACUGGUCGUUCUCUCUCACUUCCGAUUCAAUUAAAUCCUUUCAGGCAGCCAAUGAUGGUGGAAGAUAGUGCCCUGCUUCUUCCCUGCUAUUCAAAUUGCUUUCUGUUUGGGAUUUGAAGUGGCCUCUGGUUUAUGUCAGGGAUAGGGAUCCCCAUAUAUAUUUCUUUCCCUGAUCAUCUUAUUGUAUGAUCACUCACGUCACAAUUGGGAUAGACAGUUGCUCAAGGAUUGUUGAUCGAUUAAGUGUUUCUAGGAUGCUUCAAUCAAAGGACCGAAUAGCCAAAUUCAUUUUCCAUAAUUGAGGAAUGUUUACUCAUGAAGCAGUCUGAAACAUUUUCCAGCAGGCGUUCCUUAAGGCACACGUGCUUGAAAGCCUGGUUAUGGAGUGGAAUUUCAGCUGUAUCGUUUUGCCCAACUCUUGCUACCAUAAGAGUGGAGUUUCAGACUGUUCCAUGAGUUUGGAGAUGGUGCAUGAUGCAUUUGCCAAUCAUCGGACUCAGCAGCAAGUUAGUUCUUCGCGGACACUUCACGCUUUUAUUCCCUUUCUAUUAGCAAGUAUUUCUUGUUUUACGUGGACUCCACAGCAUGAACCUGUUAGUUGGGCAGCAAAUAAUGCAAUUACGAAUGAGACGCUUGGCUCC